AAUGUUUCAUGGGAAAAUAGGCCCAGUGCACAGCCUUGCUGUCAGCAUCGUUUCAGAUAGUCCUCUUGGCAAUAACUGUUGUAAAUGUCUCAAUAAGGCACAGUUUCAAACGAUCGUGUCUACGUUUAAUGCAGCCAGGUUCCGUAGAGCAAACAUUGUGAAUAAUUCUCCUGCAGAUUCUGCCAGAUGGAGUUAUUCUCGCUAUGGGCCAAAGCUGUUUUCGUCAACUUGGCCUUCGCUCUUUAUUCUGAAACUGCUUUCAUAAAAAAGUCAGCAUAUAUACAAAUAGAAUGCCAACCAUAUAAAAAUACCAUGGACUUAUGUACCAAAGAAUAUUAUCCAAUCUGUGCAACUAAUGGAAAAAAUUAUUUCAAUAAGUGUCUUUUCUGCAAUGCACUGAAGCAUCAUACAAUGCCUUCCUCUUCCAUAUGGAUCAAAGUCAUUUUCAUCCUGGCUUUGGUGCUUCCCCUUUAUUAUGAAACAACAUUUGCAUCAAAAAGAGUUCCUGGUCAGCCAAAAUGUGACAAGUACAAAGCAUACCCAAACGUCUGUACCAGAGAAUGGAGUCCAGUUUGUGGAACUGAUGGAAAAGUUUAUAGCAAUGAAUGUGUUUUCUGCAAUGAAGUAAUGUAA